AUGGAGUUUCAGGAAGCACUUACUGGUCUAAUGACAACAUGCACUGGGUUGGUCCCAAUCCUCGCACUCGAGGUCCCAUCGAACCUCUGCGUCCUCGUCGAAGAUAUCCCUAGAGUGCUCAGAGAGCUCGAGGAGACACUGAGAGAUCUCCAAGAAAUACCUCGGGAGAGAAGGGAGACGGUGGAGGUCCACCACUUGCUGGUUGUGCUGGCAUACGGCAUGUUUGAGCUCUCUCGGCUUGAUGCAGCACUCCAUGCUCUUGGGUACUUUGGCGAUCAGGAGCCAAGUACGGAAGAUAAAAAGGAACGGAACAUGAAUGUGUUGUGGGACGUCAAGAUGACCUUGGCAGAGUUUUGGGAGUAUGUCAAGAAUCUCAGGACCAUCUUGGUCAGCGAAUCCCAAUCCGAGCGUGUUUGGAGCAAGAACAAGCUGGACAGAGAGCUCCAAGCAGUUCUUCGACGCCCUAACCAUGUGUCGAGUCGUCUUAGAACCAUAGACCUGUGGAUGGAGGACGGACAACGAUACGGCAACGGCGGUUGGAAUAGGGCGUUCACUGAUGUAAUGUUAGACCCAACUUUAGAUCCCCCGAUUGUGCCUAGCAGAGUGGCUGCCAUAAGAUCUCAGUUCGACCCAGAGUCAGGCUACCAGCCAGUGCGUAACAAUCUCAACCAACCGCUUUCAAGAUCGUCGGACCCGAGAUGGUCAUCUCAGGCAAGAGAUACAGCGCGUGUACUGCUCUCUGAUAUCUCGGGCGUUGAGGACAUCAGUCUUCCCAUCUACCGGGAGGACCUGAGUAACGAGGCCAACUACAGAUUCAGUAGCGCGCCUCGUAGAUCAAGACCAAAUUACCUGGACAUUGCGGAUGCGCCGGGGAUACGAGAGAUUGCUCAAUCAUCGCCUUGGCAACCACGGUAA